UAGCUGUCGCUUCCGGCUUCUGUGUGCCUUCCCCACGAUUUCUUUCUGGCUUCUGUCCAGGCUUCCGCUGCUUUCGCUGGGCGCUGCGGGUGGCCGGGGCCCUAAUGCUACCGAAACGACGGCGAGCGCGGGUCGCGUCCCCCAGCGCCGCCCCCUCCUCCGCGGCGCGCUUCCCGGGGGUCACUAUCUACCUGGCCGAACCACACAUGGGCCGCAGUCGCCAGGCUUUUCUCACACGCCUGGCUGUCUCCAAGGGUUUCCACGUCCUUAAUGCCUACAGCCCGGAGGUGACACAUGUGGUGAUGGAGGGGACCUCAGCGGAGGAGGCUGUCUGCUGGCAGGAGCGCAAGACGUCGGCUCUUCCCCCAGGUUGUACCCGCCCAGCGCUUUUAGACAUAAGUUGGUUCACAGAGAGCAUGGAAGCUGGGCAGCCUGUCCCUGUGGAAUGCCGGCACCGCCUGGAGGUGGCUGUGCCCAAAAAGGAGAUGCCAAGCCCAGCAUGGAUGCUGCCCUAUGCCUGCCAGCGUCCCACACCCCUCGUGCACCACAAUGCCAGCCUCUCGGAGGCUCUGGAGACGCUGGCAGAGGCCGCUGGCUUUGAUGGCUGUGAAGGCCGCCAGAUCGCCUUCUACAGAGCGGCCUCGGUGCUCAAGGCCCUCCCCAGCCCGGUCACAGCCCUGAGCCAGCUGCAGGGCCUGCCCCACUUCGGAGAACACUCCUGCAGGGUUGUCCAGGAGCUGCUGGAACACGGAGUGUGUGAGGAGGUGGAGAGAGUCCGGCUCUCAGAGAGGUACCAGACCAUGAAGCUCUUCACUCAGAUCUUUGGGGUCGGGGUAAGGACUGCUGACCAGUGGUACCGAAAAGGGCUCCGGACGCUGGACGACCUCCGAGAGGAGUCCCAGAGACUGACCCAGCAGCAGAAAGCAGGACUCCAGCACCACCAGGACCUGAGUGCCCCGAUCCGGCGGUCAGAUGUUGAGGCCCUGCAGCAAGUGGUGGAGGCAGCCGUGAGGCAGGCCCUUCCUGGGGCCACUGUCACACUGGCUGGAGGCUUCCGGAGGGGGAAGUUGCAGGGCCACGACGUGGACUUCCUCAUCACCCACCCCCAGGAGGGCCAGGAGGCAGGGCUGCUGCCCAGAGUGAUGUGCUACCUGAAGAAGCAGGGCCUUGUCCUGUACCACCAGCACCAGCACAGCUACCAGGGAGACCUGACCCAGCAGAGCCACACCAUGGAUGCCUUUGAGAGGAGUUUCUGCAUUUUACGCCUGCCACAACCCCCAGGGGCUGCUGUGGGUGGUGCCCAGAAGCCCUGCUUCACCUGGAAGGCGGUGCGGGUGGACCUGGUGGUUGCCCCUGUCAGCCAGUUCCCCUUUGCCCUGCUUGGCUGGACUGGCUCCAAGCAUUUUGAGCGGGAGCUACGCCGCUUCAGCAGGAAGGAGAGGGGCCUCUGCCUGAACAGCCAUGGUCUGUUUGAUCCGGAGCAGAAGACGGUUUUCCACGUGGCCUCAGAGGAAGACAUCUUCAGACUCCUGGACCUUGAGUACCUUCCCCCAGAGCAGAGAAAUGCCUGAUCCUAUCAACCCCACCUCUACUCUGGAAAUGGAGGGGGUCAUUUGAGCCAGACUCUAUUGAUGUUUUUGGCCCCUAACUAUUUCCAGUCAGAAGAUGUGCUGCUGCCCCAAGUCCUUACCCCUUCCAUGUGGGAGCCCUGUCUGUGAACCACCACUC